AUGAAGUUCACUCUCUCCACCGCCAUCCUCACCGGGCUCGCCACCCUGGCCUCGGCCCAGUCCCCUCAAAUGCCCGGCCUCGCCCCCAACUGCAACCGCUACCACUACGUCCAAAGCGGCGACACCUGCGCCGUCAUCGCCGCCGCCAACGGCAUCUCGGUCGCCCAGUUCCUCUCCUGGAACUCCGAAGUCAACGCGGGCUGCACCAACCUCUGGCUCAACUACUUUGUCUGCACCGGCGUCUCCUCGAGCGGCGGCACCACCACCGCCACCGUGACCAGCACCGCUGACAACGGCGGCACAAUAACCAACACUGUCACGAGCACCAAGGAGAAUGGCGGCACAACAACCGCUACUGUUACCAGCACCGCUGGGAACGGCGGCACCAUCACCACCUCUGGUGGCCCUACCAGCACCCCUACCAACACCUCCCCUCAGAUGCCCGGGUUGCCUUCUACCUGCUGGUUGUUCCACACUGUUGAGACCGGGGAUACUUGCGAGAUUAUUGCUGCCAGCUAUGGGGUCACGCUUGCGCAGUUUUAUGCUUGGAAUCCCGAGAUCAACUCUACUUGCACCAACUUGUGGUUGGGAUUUGCUGUCUGCGUUGGGGCGUAA